AUGUCGACUUCAGAAGAAGAGACAACAUCCCCUGAGGUUUCUGAGGAGACCUCCGGGGAGUCUGGCGCCGAUAGCUCUAAUGUUGAGAGCUCGGGAGACGAUCCCUCGAGCCCUUCCAACGAGGGCAGCUCACCCAGCAACAGCGGCAACGACACCCCUCCAAAGAAGGAAAGAACCAAGAGAAAGUCCAGGCAUCUCAGGGCUCAUCGCAGGGGCAAGAAAUCGAGACGCUCCCAAAAGUCUACCGACGAGGCCACAACAGAGGGGACAGAUACCCCCCAGAGCACUGACGAAACCCCCGAUAAGAGCAGCAUCGAAGAGCAAGACUUUCCAGCUCCCGAGAGCAGCGGCGACGAAAGCCCCGCCGCCGACCCAAAUUGGACCAUGUCGGAGGACGUUAUCCUGGUCAACAUGAAGAAGGACGACCGCAAGCCCUCGUGGACCGAGAUUGCCCAGGCAAUGCACAAGUCCAAGAAAGACAUCAAAGCCCGAUGGAAGAUCCUGCAAAACAAGACGGAGCAGCCCAGCUCCCAAGAAGAAGAAGAAGAAGACCCAUCGGAACCCGAAGUCGAACAGCAACCCAAACGUAAGACCAAGAAGUCCAGAAAGAGGCGCGCUGGAAGAGCGUCCAAGCACAAACCAAGCGCUCAGGCGGAGGAGACCAUCGUCCUAUCCGGCGAGGAUGCUUCCGGCGAGGCAUCACCCGACGACGGUCCAGCUGGUCAAAAAUCACCCUCCUCGUCAUCAGAAGCGGACAGUCUCACCUAUGCGGGGAGCGACAGGGAGAUUCGCCGGCAAAAGAAGUAUUUACAAAAGCACAUCCGGGCAAAGAUGUUUCCUCCCGACAAGUACCCGAGAGCAGACGAAACCUUCUCUCAGGAAGACUGCGAGAUCUUGGCGUCGGUAGAGAGCCAGUACAAGCGCUCAAAGUGCCUUGAGAUGCAAGCAAACUUCUACAACGUAACUGGCAGGCUGGUGCCAAUAGAAUUGAUACGCGCAAGAUGCGAGAAGGAAGAAGGUACUUACUAG